AUGGAGCCUUUCUUCCAGCCCGACAUCACAAAGUACCGCUGCAAGUUCUGGUGGAACAACACCCGAUCUCCAGAGAUCAUUCCGAUCGUGGACUCUGAGUGCAAGGGCUGCAUUCUCAUGAUGCCAUCCCUGGAGGAGUCCUCCAAGCCCUACCUUGACAUGAACUACUCGGAUGUCAAGCGCAGACCGUGGAAGUCCGGGAAGAGCUGGAGCCGUAAGUUCGCCUACGGCGAGUACGGAACCGUCCCAAUUCAUGUGAUCAGUUCGAGCAAUCUGACCCGAACUUAUGAGGUCUACCUGGAGCGUGAUGCUCCGUGGUGGAUGAAAGCACGCUUCGCACAACAGCUCUCAAACUGGGCGACCGCAGCCGCCCUGAUCAUGGCGGUCACCUCCGCCAGCAAUUUCAUGGCCCUGACCAGUCAAAUUCAGUUCAUGGAUCUCACCACGGACAUGCAGGGCACCCCAGAGGUCUAUGUGGAGUUCGCUGGACACUUCAAGGCUGCGAACUUCGAGAUCGCACAGCGCCUCCCCGACCUGGGCUUGCCGACGCUCGAGGAUGUCCAGGAGUACAGCCUGAAAGCCGUGGAGCAGCUCCAACGCUCCUUUGAGAAGGUGGGGCUCCAGGAUUUCAGCGUCCUGGUCUUGCAGUACUGCUAUGCUCUGGAGGCGUCCGGGCAGAUCGCGGCAAAUGCGAUGCUCGCCCACAGCACGUCCACCGCCCACGAGCUGCAGAAAAAGUUGGAGACCUACUUCUCCUCCUUGAACUCCACGCGAACCAGGGAGACGCUCACUGAGAAGCUCGCCGAGCUCUCGCAGCACUCUUCCAAGCGGCUCCGCGGGUCGGGCAUGGAGCCCCGGGGCGGGGAACGUGGGACCUACGACCGGCUCGAGCACGACGUCAAGGAUUCCGGUUCCUUCGUGGUCGCAGAGUGGACACCACAGGAGUGGGAGGAAUUCGCACGUAUGGCACAGGAAGAUGGGGUGACGGAGAGCGAUUUCGAUGAGCUGCAGGCCCUGGUUCCAUGUCAGCAGUCCCCCGUCAAGGAGGUGGUGCCCUUCCUGCAUGUCAUGCACAGGCUCAACAUCAUGAGGCGGAUGAUUCACACCUCUGCCGGCACCCUUCUUAUCAUGUUGUUCUUGCUGAUGAGUGUUGGUGGAAGCUACUUUGCUUAUUGGUUUCUCGUGAUGCGCCACAGUCAGAAGCGGAUGCAACUCCUGGAGCCUGGAGUCUUGGGCCUCCUGCUCUUGGACCUGGGUCUCGUGGGCUUCACCAAGUCAGCAGCGAAGAUGUUCUCGCAGAGGUGCAUCAUUAGCUUCUACGUGUGGAAUCCCGAGCAUUGGCAAGUGCAGGCCUUCGUCGCGCUUGGGAUCCUUGUCUACCCUGUCGCCUACGUAAUCUUCGCGGGUACCUUGCUCUACCACUACACCGUAGGACACAACCGCCGCAAGCUAGCAAGCCUAAGACAGGAGGAUCAGACCGAGAAUGACCCGAAGGACCUUUCUCCACUGAGCGAAGGCGUGGUCUUCAACGAAAGCUUCGGGAGGUGGGUGGAUGCGUCCGUAGACGAGAUGAAGGUAAUCCUGGAUCCACCGUUCUGGAUUCCUUUUGCAAGCGGCCUCGUCAGCAGCCACGUGCGUUCUUGCAUUCCAAUCCUUGCACCGGAUGGACAGCGCAUCAACUUCCAAAAGGAGUCAAGAACGCCGAAGUCGCACGAAGUUAUCGAUCGGGCGUCUGAGGAGGCAGAUCAGGAACAGCUGCGACAAGAACUUGAGGAGAACGCGCUGACGUCAGGUUCUCGGAAGCAGGCGGUCCGGAGGAGGAAGGCGUACCAAGCGGAGCGGGAGCUGCUGGAAAAGCAAAGAAAAAGAAAAGAAGCGCACGCAAGGCGUCUAUGGGAGAGCAGGGAGCAGCUGAGGCAGCUGACUUCCACUUACAUGGGUUCAGGAGAGGAUCCAGCAGGCCCCGUCGGAGAUCCUUUCUGGUUCGCACCAAGCCCGGUGAAUGCCUCCGAAGUCAGGCUCUCCUCUGAGGAUUGUCGCGUGAAUAUUUCAGACCUUGUUGACGACUGGGUGUCGCAAAAGGGUCGUGAAGACUGGGAAAGGGUGGACAAGGACGAGGCUUUCGCGAUCCUCUCCUACCUUGAAAACAAGGCACUGGCAGAAAUGCAGCUCAGCAAGUACAAUAUUCUGAGAGUCGAUACGCACAAAGGCUUCCUACUGCCGCACGAACCUUUCAGACAGAUGUCCAAGAAGGAUGGCAGUGAUCAUGUGCCUGUGGACCAUCCAACAAAGUGGUGGUUCGCGAACGACGACGAAGAGCUCAGAUGCCUUCGGAGCGGGUUCGCCGAGACAAGGAACGACGCUUGGCUGGACGAGUACCGUGACAAGCGUGGCUACAUACAAAAUCCAGCAGGCCAGCGCCUCGUGUACUUCGAAAAAGAGAGCUCUUGGUCUGAUCUUUCCUGGCUGAAGCUGGGCUUCGGAUGCAAGUCAGGUGAAUGCCAUUGGACGAAGGAGCCAGUAGAAGGCUGGGACGUUUUCGAGAAAAGGAUGAAAGAUCCGGGAGUUCAAAGCACAUCUGUAUACAAGUAUGCGGACAAAUGGCACUGGAUCGCCCUCGAGAAGUGGGACCUCCCUUGGCGGAAAGAGAGCCAGUUGGGCAGCAGUCUACUAAGCACCAAGAUGCAGCGCAAAAUUUUGGAGGAUCACAAGCUGCGGGUCCCAGAGGUCAUCCCAAUCGAGGAGAGGAAUGAGAUCCGUAGGUGGGUUUGGCGGUCUCUGCUGUCGAUCACGCAACUCAAGCUCCAGCUGUAUUGGACCAGUAUGCAGCACCCAAAGUACUUUGACCCCCAGGACAUGACGCUGGACGAGGUGGCCCGGAAAGAUUUCGACGAGGUUUUGUUGGACAUUCAGAAAAAGAGGCCGCACCGGGCCGCGCUAAUUCCAGAAGAGCAUACCUCCGAUGACACUGAGGAGCUGGCCAGGUACUGCUUCAUGAAGAUGGAGGACCUGUACGAAGACGCGGGCCCUUGGUGGGAUUUCUUGGACAAGCCCGGUCAGGACGAGCAGAAGAUCAUGUUUGACCACAGGAUGUUCCUGGGUCAUGAUUUUGAGGUGUUCCGGCGGCGCUGGGAGAAACGGAGGCAUUUGCCAAUUCAUGGCUAUGCUUCCUCUUCGUGCUUCCAGAUCUUUCCAAAGAAAGUAGUCGGGGCCAAGAGCUACGGCCUAAAGAUGCCAGAGGAUCCGGUUGAGUGCAUCGUCCGUGUAGACAUGAAAAUGCAGCUUCAGCAUGUUCCACAGCUGAUGCGCUACAGCGACAACUUCAAGAUCAGGGUGCCGGUCGACAGCUUGGAGCUGCCCUUGCAGUCACAUCUUGCUAUCCUGCUCAGACAGAGCCGUGACGGCGAGCAGUUCACCUACGUUGUGGACCGCCUCUCGACUCUGGUCGCCAUCGUUCUGAUCGAAUCCGAUUCCGAUGGCAACUCUUGUGCCGUUGGCGUUCUCGUUUUGGCGCUGAUCUCCUUUGGCAAUCGCUUCCUCGCAAACUGGUUUACCAACGUGACUGAGCAUGCGGAGAUGCAAGUCAGCCGAAGCUCCGGUCGCUACCUUCCGCUUAACGAGGGAAAGACGCAGACAAAGUUGACGUCGCUGUGGCAAGUAGCUCUUGAGCUGGAGACGUUGACACAGCUCCUGAAGUGUCUGGUGCUGCUCUUUGUCUACACCAGCCAGUAUGGGUGGCUGCCGCCACCAGUGUGUGGGAUUUCCUGCAUCCUUGUCUCCUGUACCGUGAUGCUUGCCAUGAACAUUGGAACCUUCCGGAAGGAGCUGAACAAAAACCUGGAAAGGCUCAUGCAGGCGUUGGAGCGCAUGCGAAGGCUGAAGGCUUCGGUUAGACGGUGGCUGGCCAAGCAUGGCAUCGUGCUGGUUGAGAGCAAGCUCAUGGAAGACGAAGAGGCGACGGUGCAGGAGAUCUUCUUCGUAGUGCCCGAGCUGGGGCUGCACCUUGCUGGAAAUGUGCGAGUGGAUGAUGGCAUGUCGAAGCAUGAGUUGCGCAAGCAGCAGCUGCAUAAAGUGACUGCUUGCUUUCGUCCCAUCCGAGAACGUGAGGAUGAGCUCGUGAUCGCUGCGACCGACUUUGAGAGGUACUACCAAGAUAUUGUGCCCGGCUUCACGGUGGCCCUGCAUGUGGACCAGCUGAAUGGCAUCAAGGCCGUGCCAGUUAUCGCUGCAACUCUGCAGUGUGUCAAUUUUGCGGGGAGCCGCAUCAGCCGGCCCGAGCUGGACUCGUACUUCACUCUUUUCUACCCCGAGGAGUGGGAGAAGCAUCUUGAUGAUGAUCCUGAUGCUGUAAAAUUACUUCUCGAAUUGUGGAAUACGGAGGUCAGAGAUUGGAUGGAGAAGUCGUUGGGGGCCGUCCACAGCGAGCGCACACAGACCAAGAAGAUCCAGGACCACAUCGCGGCCCUGCUUUCGAAGCGGUUUGAACUCAACCGGAUUCGGCACUUCGUCAUGGUGAAAGUAGAGCACAUCAUGCUGCCAAAGUUUUCGGCGCAAACAUCGCACAGCCAAAGAGAUGCGAGCAAGAAGAAGCUCUAUGUGACCCUGCUCUAUGAAGAUGAAGACUUCAUGAAAGACACGCCGACCGAGCGCUCCAGCGGCAUAGCACGCAGUGAGACACUAUCUCGCGAGAAGAUUGAGGACAUGAUGGGGGAGGGAGGCUGUCUGCGCAAGUUCCAGGACCAGAUGAACGCUGCGGGUCAAUAUUCUUCUCAUGGGCACACGGCCACACCGAUGAUGGAAUGCUUCGACACUUUUUGCAGGCAUGGCGGGGAGUUCAAGGUAGAGAUGCCGCUCACAGGCUCCAGGUUCAAGCUUAUGCUCUGGCUGCAGAAUGACGAUGAGGAUACAGACGGGCGGGUUUCAGAAGAGCUCCUGGGCAUCAGCGACCCCUUUUCCUUCACCCUGCCCGACAAAGAGCUUGCGAAGUGUACCGAUGCAGUCGUAUUCGCAGCCGGGCACAAGAGAAUCCCCUUCUACACCAGCUGGAGGGUCACAGCGGGCCAAGAGCUGAGACGCGUGCAAGAAGACGAAGGCGAUGUAGCUGAACGCGGAUGCUGCGCCUCCUUGCUGCAGCGUUGCCAAAACUGGAGAGCCCCGCCAGUGACCUCAGAGGAUGUCCUGAACCACACCGGUUUCGUCGACAUGUAUGUGCGACACCCCACCGACGAGGAACAGGAGUUGGACGUUGCAGAGGUGGCAGCGGUGAAAGACGUGGUCGCUGGGAACAGCGAGCUUAAUCUGAACAAGCUUCGACGCCACCUGGAUCGCAGAGCCAUCCUCGCGAAGUUUCUCGGCUUGGAGAUGGACCAGUCCUGUGUUGAGGACAUGAAGAUCCAUUACGAGAAGCUCUGCAAAUUCAAAGAGGAGCACAUGGAAAGCAGUGUGGAUGCUUCUAUGCAAUCCAUUGUGCAAGAGACGCGAGAGCAAAAACUCCUCGAACUAGACAUUCGACGUUCCUUGUGGAAGGAAGUUGAGAUGAACAAGGCGAUCCGCAGUAUUGAAGAAGGCAUCGAAUUCUGGUAUCGUGGCAAAAAGCAACACGACAAACUCCGCUCCAGACCUCCAUAUGCGGUGCGUGCGCGAAAGCGAGGACCGGUGAUCCAACCUGAGCCCCAUGUUGACUACGGGACUCUGCUAUUGGAGAAGCUACGAGAGUUUCAGGAAAAGGAAACGCACGUCACAUUUGGCAUCCUGCACUAUGUCAUGCUGGCCGAUCACCUGAAGCCCAACAAGGUCUGGCGUCCCGACGCCAUCUCGGCACACGAGGCGGGCAUCCUGCUGUCCGUUCCGCAAGACAUCCGUCGCGUCGUCCUCUACACAGACAGAUCGCGCAUGAGCUUUCAACUGCAGGUAGACGCGAACCGGCUGCCGCUCACGUGCCAUGGACGACUGGUCUUCAGGGCAACUGGCCUCAACGCCGCUCGCUAUUUCGAGCUCAUGGAUCCAGAUCACCUCGCCAUGUGGAAGGGGCCUGAGCAAGGGAGUGAGGUGACCAUCGAGAACGCGGAGUGCAUGCGAUUCCAACCGGUGUACUUGUAUUGGGAUGGCAUCUCUCGCUGGGUUUGUUCCCCUUUCUGUGGCAAGCCAGUUCCGUAUGGCCUGGACACAGACAGUGCAAUGCAUGUGUUCAUGUUUUGCAAGGACAAUGCUGUCACACCAGAUAGGGUUCAGAAGCCCUUCAAGGUCUGGAAUCGUCGCGACCAGACUUGGCAAGAGGACGCUUCCACCAGGGUCCUGUGCAAGUUUCAUGGCCAAAACGCGAGUCAGCCUCAGAGCCGAGCCGACAAUGCCAAGCUGAGCGCUGCUGGCUCAAGCAGUGAGGGGCUCCUGAGCCGCAUCUUUUCGAACAUGCUGGCGCCCACGAAGAGUGUUGCGAGGUCGCCCGAAACGAGGGAUUGCCUCCUCAGUUUUGACGGCUCCAACAUCGUGUUCACGUGGAGGGACUUGUCUCAGACAGAGUUAGCACCGUUCCGGAAAUUCCUCCUCUCCACCUUCGGCAGCUACGACGACGCUUGGGCCUACAUCUGUCGCCACAGCUUCGUCUCCAAGGAUCUCUGUGUCAAGAACCUGGCCAGGAUGCUGCAUCGCUGUCACGUGGAACUGCUUGCAGCUCAAACCGUUCGCAGGAAAGUGGAGAAGGAGGCGAAGAAGCGCAAGUUUGCCGUCGCCAAAAUGGAAAAAAGCGUCAAAACGAAAGCUACUUACACCAAGGACAACAAGGACGAGCCAGCAGCAUGCAAGGGCAAGACCGCCACGGCCACGGCUAAGAUGUUCUCUAUGUUCGGUUGGGGAAAGAAGGACCAAACAAUCAAGAGCCGAAAGGUUGCGAUGCCGAUGCUGCCGGGGUAUACUAUGGUGGAUACAAGUCGUGAUGAAGCAGCACAGGAAGCAGCACAGGAAGCGGCAGUGCUGGAGUACCUCAAAGGGCACUCCCAGAAGGAGGAGGGCUUCGAGAGUGUGGCCGUGCAGGUCGUGGACUACCUUGCUACUAGCCUUGGAGUUUCCUUGGAGUUUCAGGACGUGGACAAGGAUGGCCUGAUACCCCCGCAAGAGGUCCUCCGCAUGGAAGAGUAUGCCGCAAAGACGAUCAGUGAACUGCCACCAGACAUGCCAUCCGAGGUGAAGGAGUUUGUCGGCUUUCUUCGGGCUCAUCCCAAGUACCGAGACGCGAACCGUCUGUGGGCAGACAUUUCAAAGGGGCACGAGAUCAGCAAGCGAGAGUUCCCAGAUGCCGUACACUUGUUGUUGGGAUUGUUCCGGAAUCAAGGGCGACGUCAGGAGUCGCAGCACUCGACCCUGGAACGGAACUCGUGGCGGAAGGCGGAGGAGUUGUUUUCCAUCUUGGACGUUGAGAUGAGCGGUGGGAUCGGCUUGCAUGAGCUCAUUCCUCAAAGCGGAGAACGGUUUGAGGAUGCAGUCUCCUCCACCAUACAUUUCAAAAUUCCACUGAAGUUCCUGCAGCACAUUACAGUUGGGCCGGUCAGUGGAUCUGGUGAUGCGUCAAGCGCGGUGGUCGGUUUCCGUGUUUUGCCGGAGUUCGAGCAUUCAGCAGAGUGGAUGCACCUGAAACGGGCUUUGCAGCCUGAUUGGGACCCCCUUCAUGGGUCCGAGCAGGUGCUAGUCACUGUGAAGCCUGAGCAUUUGCAGAUGUGGCAGGAAUGCAUCAAGAAUUGUGGCAUGGACACCAAGCAAGAGUGGAUUCGCUUCUACAAGGGUAACGUGAUUGACCACCCACAACUAGAUGGAGUCUAUAUGAGGCAAGGGAAUGGCUUGCAGACAUGGGCCGACGGCAGGGUCUAUCGGGGUGAAUGGGACAACCACACCUAUGGGGGUGAGGGAGCCUUGUAUGCCACCUCAUCGGACGAGCAGCGAGAGGAUUCCGAUUCCAGGGCGAUCUACGUAGGCAGUUGGCGUGAUGGCAAGCGCCACGGAUAUGGCAUUUUCCGCUGGGAGCAACAUAUCUCAAGCUCGACACUCCUCUCCUUCGGUGCUCGGGCUGGUUCUGGCGUCAUCAAGGUCUACGAGGGCGAAUUCCGGCACGAUCUCUUCCAUGGCUACGGCCGAAUGUGCUUGGAGUCCGAGAGUCCGGCCUUGCCUGGCACCUUCCGACAGGCGAGCCUUGAUGCAGGCAAAGUGCUCCUUCCCAACCUCGAGCCUGACCGAAUCGUGAGCUUCGAAGGCGAAUGGUGCUCGGAUUGGGCGGAAGCUGAUGCGGAGGCGCGCAACUCCGAUCUCAGCUACCAACAGCUUCAUCCUGCGCAGGCAGGUAAAGAACCUCAACGUGAUCUAAAGCUGGACGAAGUGAACCAAGCUCACAUGCGAAAACAGCAUCAGAAGUUCGUGCGCUACUUCGGGCCGGAUGGUGCCGGGGUGCAAGCCGCAGGAGAUCCCAUGCCAGAUCUGGCCAUGGUGUUUUACCAGAAGAAGGGUGCAGACGCACUGCACAUGAAGCAAGGGCGGGCCCAGUACCUGGACUUUACCGUGUACGACGGAGAAAUGAGUCAUGGCCUCCCCCAUGGACAUGGAAAGAUGACACUCUUCGAUGCCGCGGCAGGACAAAAGGGCAACGAGCUCGGCUACUACGAGGGCGAGUGGCAGCAUGGCAAAUAUCACGGGAAGGGCAUGUACAGGACGUCAUUUAUCGUUUCGGAUGUAUAG